UGCUUCUUUCUCCCGGCUUCCUCUUCCGAGUCGACACGGAUGUGCUUUGUGUGUGUUUGAACACAAAGCGGCUGCAGCUGCUGCAGACUCACAGGUGAAAGGUGAGCUUUAAAAAAAAAGGGGGGGCGAUGCCAGCUCAGGAGGCGGCUCGGCUGGGUCGCAAACGAGCCCUGCCCUCCUGCCCGAACCCGCUGUUCCUCAAGUGGCUCACAGAGCUCCGGGACGAGGCGAGAGAGAAAGGACUGAAGAUCCAGUACACCUACCAGAAGGCCAUCAGCUCUUUGAAUAAAUAUCCAUUACCGCUUCAGAACGCCAAAGAGGCAAAGAUCCUGCAGAACUUUGGGGACGGCAUUUGUAAAAUACUGGAUGAAAAACUGCAACGGUACUACAGAGAGAACGGUCCAAACACUCCCAUUCACGUUCUCUCUGAAGAAGCGCCCCCUCCUGGCAUAAAGGCAAACAACAACCUGGCUCCCUCCAAGAAGAAGAAUGCAGCAGGGGAUCAAGGGAAAGACAAGGGAGGAGGAAGAGGAGGAGGAGGGAGGAAGAAAAAGAGGGAAUAUGUGCCCCAGAAGAGGUCUGGGGGUUAUGCUGUCCUGGUCGCUCUUUACAGACAAUCACAGAUCCCUGGAAGUAAAGGUUACAUGUUUAAGAUGGAGCUACAAGCAGAAGCUCAGCCUCUCUGUGAUAAGUCUUUCACUGUGCCAGAUCUGGGCAGUAAGUACACUGCCUGGUCCUCAGUGAGCACUCUGAUUCAGAAGAACCUGGUGAUAAAGACCCACAACCCUGCAAGGUAUUCUCUGACAGAAGACGGUCUGGCUUUAGCCGAGCGACUGGAUUCAGCAGAAGAAAGGACUAAAGACGGCCCAGAGGAGAGGGACAAAGAGAAGGUUAUAAGUGAAGGAGAGGAGGAGGAUGACGAGGAAGAGGAAGGCGGUCCUGGCAUUGUGGACCUUACUGGAAGUGAUGAGGGUGAAGAAGACAAGGAGGACAGCCCUGUAGAGAGGCUGACAUGUGUCGCCCAGAGUGCAGCUGACGGGAUGGGUAUUUCAGGAAAACCCCAGGCAGCGAGCAGAAAGCCGAAUCCAGCAUACCUUCUCCCUGGAACCUACGAAAUUAUACUCUGUGUCGACUUUAUUGAGACAACUGGUGGCAGCCAACACCGUAAGCAGGAGCUGGUCAAAGAGCUUCAGAGAAACGGCGUGAACUUUGACGUCAGGAAGCUAAACGUCGGAGACUUCCUGUGGGUCGCUCGAGAAAAGGUCGAGCCCGUUCCAGGUCAGUUGCGUGCCCCUACAGGCAAGGAGCUCGUCCUUGAUUACAUCAUUGAGAGGAAGAGGAUGGAUGACCUGUGUGGCAGCAUCAUCGAUGGACGCUUCAGAGAACAGAAGUUUCGACUGAAGAGGUGUGGUCUUCGUAAGCCCAUCUAUCUAGUAGAGGAAUGCGGGACGGCUGCGUCCCACCUGAGUUUACCAGAAACUACACUACAGCAGGCCAUAAUCAACACACAGGUAGUUGAUGGCUUCUUCGUGAAGAGAGUCCAGGAUGUGAGGGAGUCAGCCGCCUACCUCACCGUCAUGACGCGAUACCUGUCCAAACUAUACCAGAACUGUACGCUGAUCUGUCGCUCUCGAGAGUUGGAGGGCGAUGGAGGGAGUGAUGAGGACGAGGAGGAGGAGGAGAGAGGGACUCCUUCCUGCUCUCUCAUUUCGUUUGCAGAGUUCAACUACGGUGCAGUCAAAAACAAGUGUCAGACAGUGAGAGAAGUGUUUGCCAGACAGCUGAUGCAGAUUAGCGGCUUGUCUGGCGACAAGGCAGCUGCAAUACUGGAGCACUACAGCACACCGCACAGCCUCCUGACAGCCUAUGAACAGUGCACGAGUGAAGCAGAGAAAGAGAAACUCCUCUCCCUUAUCCGAUAUGGGAAGCUCAAAAGAAACCUGGGUCCAGCUCUCAGCAGAACAGUUUAUCAGCUGUACUGCACACAAGGAUCUCUGUCAUAGAUGGACGCAGUCACUGAUGAACAUUACUUUCACUCAUUCACGCGUUUUCUGUCUGAUAGUCAGACGCAAACUCAAGCUUACCUCGAAAUGUCAUUUUCAUUUCCAACUUUACGUACCGCGUUUGAGGAUGUUAUGUAAAUACAAAUAUAAAGAUGCUGCUUUCUUUUGAUUAAUUUAAAAUAUUGAAUGAUACUGCAUCAAUAAAGGUUAUUUUGUUAGUGUUCUGCUAUUUUAA